AAAACAAUAAACGAAGGAAGUGUGCCUGAAGUGAUCCAGUCUUCUCUGUAGCAGGAUUGCUUUCAGGGGUCGUUUAAGGUUCGCGGCGUGUCUGUGUGCUAUUUGUGAGUAUGUCUGCGGUGAUUCCUCGCAUCGAGCAGCUGUCAUCUAGGGUGGUGCGUGUUUUGGGCUGUAACCCGGGUCCCAUGACACUGCAGGGCACCAACACAUACCUGGUCGGGACAGGCAGAAGGCGAGUGUUAAUUGAUGCAGGCGAGUGCGGGGUACCCGAGUAUAUUGUGAAUCUUCGCGAGGCUCUGAAGCAGCACGACACGUCCAUACAGCACGUUAUAGUCACACACUGGCAUCACGACCACACUGGAGGAGUGCAGGAUAUACUCUCAAACUUUCAGACAGAUUCGGGGCUGAGGGUCAGUAAACUCCCUCGGUGUCCUCCACAGAAAGAAGUGAUUGGAGACCAGAAGAAAUAUUCAUAUCUCAGUGAUGGUGAUGUGAUAAAGACUGAAGGGGCAACGCUGCGGGUGCUAUUUACUCCCGGACACACAGAUGAUCACAUGGCAUUAUUGCUGGAGGAGGAGCAAGCUGUGUUUUCAGGUGACUGUAUUCUGGGAGAGGGAACAGCCGUGUUUGAGGACCUCCAUGAUUACAUGAAGUCACUGCAGAAGCUCCUCAGCAUAAAGGCUGACCUUAUAUAUCCAGGUCACGGCCCAGUGGUACAAGACGCAUGUUCUAAGAUCUGUGAGUACAUAACUCACCGCAACGCAAGAGAACAGCAGAUCUUAAAUGUUCUGCAGGAGAACAGCGGAAAUGCGUUCACCUCCAGCGAACUGGUUAAAGUGGUGUAUAAGGAGACCCCUGAACACCUGCACAGAGCAGCCGAGUUUAACUUGCUGCACCAUUUAAAGAAACUCCACAAGGAAGGAAAGAUCUGCCUGGCUGAAGACUCAAAUGACAAGAAGUGGAAGAGCAAUUUGUGAAAAUCUUUACCCAUCAACCACAGUGGCUAAUAAAAGAUUACCACUGAAGUGAGAUGAAUUUAAGGGGAGACUAGGACUAGUCUUUUUUUUUUUUUUUUUUUCAAAUGUUGAUCUCCUGUGGAAAACGGUCUGAUAGGAGGCUUUUAACGUUUGUUUAUUUAGAAGAAAAAUUUUUGUAAGUGCCUUACAAAUGAUCACAUUUAAACCGUAUGAAUAAUGCAACACAAAACAAUUAAUAAAAUGGGAAAACUUGUAAAAGGUAACAACCCUUGUAAUCCCAUGAGAUUUUACCGUUUUUGACACAUCCUGCCAUCUGAUGAAUGUAGCAUCACAUGAAAACAAUAGCAAAAGAUAAUUUAUUCCGUGAGAGAUUUGUACAAUAACAUGUAAAAUAAUGAGGCUGAUGAUGUAACUGGAAUAAUAUUAUUUCUAUAGUUGUAAUUUAAUUAGAUGAUAUCAAGUGCCAAGUUUUUGAAGCAUUUUAUUGAUUAUAUUCUACUAAAUCAAUGUUAAUCAAAAAUGCAAAUAUGUGUAAAAAUUGUAUUUAAAUAAAUGAUCAUGAUUUGA